GCCCCCCGGUUAUUAUACGCAUUCUAUGGUUUGCUUUUCAAAAGCUUGAACGUUUUUCUACCAACGGCAUGCAGUGCUCGGUUAGCUGUUGGUGGAAACAACAUGAAUCAUUUACUUAUCGAAGAAGACAGCUCAAACCAGUUCAAGCCAUGGUCAUAUUUGAAAAAGCUCGUUUUAAAAGUUGUAUUGAAUGUUGUUUAUCCCAUUUGCAUUAUCGUCCCUUCUGCUUCAAUUGCUAUGAUCUGCUGGAGCAAUGGAUCGGGCAGUUUGCUUACCUGGCAUCUUUUUCUAACGGGAAUAGGCUUUCAUCUAAUCAUGCCCACAGGAAUCUCAUCGCUACGUGUACUACAACCGUUGCUGCCGUUUGCUUCUUGCACCCGUAAAACCAUUCACUGGCUGCUGCAGUCUGUUGCAAGUGCAUGUGUCGUGACAGGUGUGGUGCUACAGUACAUCAAUCGAGAAAUGAAACACAAACACAACCAUUUCGCCACAGUGCAUUCAAUCGUCGGACUGUUAUCGGUAGUGUUAGUCGUCGUCAGUCUGGUUAGCGGCGUGGUCGCUUUGUUGGGAUGGCCAAAGCUGCGCCAAUUUGUUAGGACCGCGUGGUUGUACCGCAUCCAUCGUGCGGUUGGAGCGGCUGGAUUUUCAACGGGUAUGGUCGCUCUUGCGAUUGCAUAUGAGAAGCGUAUUUUUAGGGAGCAUUUUUUCCCAGAAACGCGAUUUGCGCUUACGAUAGCGUUAGGUGUAACGUUGCUGAUACACACAAACACAAACUCGUCGUAACUCGUCGGCUGCAGAUAGAAUGACGCGAGGGCGUAUCGGUUCGGAAACCGGAGGCUUUAGUCGCUCACGUAGCAUCUAGCACACGUUCUACUGAUAAUAAUCGUCCGUAACACCACCGACCAACACAGUGUUAUAAAUGAGUUUAGCUUGUGUCGGUGUUGAUGGAACAGAGGCAAAACAAUCGGACACUUGCCUGUGCCCUUGUUAUCAUCGAUCUAUUGUCCGCGGUACAAAAGCACUGCCCGAUGAUCGUACCGGAUUCAUUUGAAAAGUGGUGCGCGAAAUGGAAACUAUGUGAUACUUGUGCUUAGGUUGUGCAUAUCCGAUUGAUUGGGCUCAUUGAUCGUGUGUCGAAAGUGUUGUAGGAUGUUUAAUGACAAAACAA